UUUACCGCGGGGUCCGCUAAGGACCCUUCUUGCGGCGAAUGCGAUUCUUCUGCGUGUGUGCCCCCUGUCCAGGAAUGCUUGGCCGGAUUAGUGCGGGACGCAUGCGGCUGUUGCUUUGUGUGCGGGCAGCGGGACGGGGAGACGUGCGGGAAGCUUGCGCCCUGCGGAGAGGGGCUGAUCUGCCGCCCCCGCACCGAUCUGUCCGUGGGAGACCCUCCGGAAAGCAUCUGUGUUUGCAAGGAGCGCGAAGCCCUGUGCGGGAAUGACGGGAAAACGUACGAAAACGAAUGCAAACUGACAGAAGCGAGAUACAGGCUUCGAAAUGGACUGCAACCCGCACAUAGAGGACCCUGUUUGAGCGCUCCUAAGAUCAUGAGCCCUCCUGAAGAUGUCUCUAACAGUACCGGUGGCAAUGUAGCGCUGUCUUGUGAGGCAACAGGUUGGCCAAUUCCUGCUAUCGAAUGGAGGGUAGACAGAGGAACAGGGGACACCGAAGCUUUGCCCAGCGAUGACACAAAUGUAGCCGUACAGUCACGUGGAGGGCCCAGCGAAUACGAAGUCACUUCAUGGCUGCAACUCCUGAGUAUUCAUUCGAAGGACCAAGCUACUUACUGGUGCAUUGCGAAAAACGAAGAAGGAGAAGCCUCUGCUGCUGCCAAAGUGGUCGUUUUGGAUUCGAAAAGUGAAGAAUCACUGACGGAACAAAACAACGAUUUAUAAAACAGUUGAAUUAGUACUUCUGUGUGCCUUAUUGAAAGGGAAAACUGCCAUUGCAUUUAUCUCCACUAAGAUUCAUAUUGCAGCUUUUUUUGUAUGGGAUACUUAUGUCUAUUCAUUGACUUUCUAUGAAAGUACUUGAGAAUGUUUGGCAUUCUCCCAAUGUGCGACCUACCGCUCAAGUAGUGUAAUUACUCAAAAGAGGGCGCCAUUGAAAUCAAUUACUCUUUAUAUGUAAUGUAAGUGGCACCAUCUAUUGAGUAACAAGAUUACUUGAGCGGCAUAUCGCACACUGUGACAAUACCGAAUAUUUUACAUAGUUGACAAAAAUUAAGCAAAUAAAAAUGGAUGUUUACAGCUUUGAUACUAUAUGCAUAAAACAUUGCUUUUUGAAGGCAUAAAAAUCAUUGCACUAGCAUUUAAUAAAAAUUGUAAAGCGUAUGAAAAUAUUCUUGUUUAGUGGAUAAUAACUCUAUGUAAAAGCAUUUAAUAAAAAACAAAUGUUGAGAUGUAUGAAGAGGCUCUUGUUAAAUGUAGAAUACUGUUCAGAUGUUUUUUUUCCCUUUUAAAUUCCAGUUAGAAUGAGUUUCGUGUUAAAUUUACAGAUUACUAAUUGUUCGACCCCAAACCCCCUGUGGUUCUCGAGGAGAUGAGGCUUCAGACAGACAUAAGUGCACUGGUUUUAAUAGUAUGGACUAGCCGGCAGGGUGGCAAGAUUAGCAGCUAGGUUUUAUUUUAUGUUUACUUCAAUUCUGUCGAUAUAUAUGAACAAUAUGUUUAUCGCAGACCUUUGAAAUACAGUUCCAAAACGAUUUUGCUGUAAUAAAUUCUUUUAACUGCUGAUUUUAUACUUUUCAUGCCUGCACUUCAAAAAUCGCGAUCUCUUUGCAUCCAUUACGGAAAUCGGAUUUUUCUCAUUUUUGAUGUUUACUUCGCUUUAUUAAAAGGCAAACAAACAAAACUCCUUUUUAUUUUCAUUAAAUUCAUGAAAUUGAAAAGUUUUAAACGAAAUUCCGUUCUGUUUAAGAGCGUCACAUGAAGUAGUGAGAAGCAAAGGGAUGUAAGUGCUAAAAUUAAAAAUUUUGGGAUAACCAGUACAAAUGAAGACGAACAUCUCCUCUGUUUUGGGGGGAAAGGUAGCACUAGUUAGCCCUGGUGGGUAAUGCUAUACAGCAUGAUUUAGAAAAAAAAACCAAUGAAAAACUACCUAGGACCACAACGCGUUUUACUCAAAAUUUGAAAAUGUCCACUUGCAUCCCUUUGCUUCUCACUGCCUCAUAUGUCAAAAAGUUAAAUGCUGAACUGUUGUCUGAACUUUACUUUUGUUUCUGUUAUUUAAGGUUUUUACUAGAUAGACGUUUAUAGCUAGUAUUUCUAGCAUAAGAGGAAUAUUUAGAAUAAUGUGGAAUAGUAUAUAGAUAUUAAUACAUCAGGAUUGCAAUCUCCAGAAGGAGCGAUGUCCCCCCCCCCCCUCCACCAAACACUAUGAAGACACUCAAGCAUGAUACUCUCCCCAGAAAAGAGAGAAAAUACCCCCAAAAAACCACCUUAAAAAUUCCAAUGCGUAAGUUGUGCCAUGCCAUUACUAAUUGUAAAACCCCGAACUCCCAGUGGUUCAAGGACGUAGCCAAGGGGUGGGUCCAUGGGGUCCGGACCCCCCCCCCCCCCCCCUUCCCGAAAGACCACUGUCUGCUUUUUGUCAGUUGUUGUUCCUCACGUCAACAAAAAAUUUUCAAAAGAUAAAAAUUUUAUGAAAACCGGUAUUUUCCCCUUAAAUAUUCCCAUUAAUCAGCGAUUUUCCUGCAUCCGAGUCAAUUCAGAACACGAGAACCUCGUGAAACUGCAAUUCCCUCUUCCCGCCUUUCUUCUGCUGUGUCGCGUACUCCCUCCGAAAAUGACGAAUUUUCGCUUCUGCUUUCAACUCAGCUUGUGACCUUGAAAUUCGGCCCCUUUCCCUUGAUCCACCAGAAUGCCAUCGGCAAAGAAGUUGAAAACAAACAUUUAUUGUCACUUUCGCCGUACCCCCACUCUCAUUGGCGUGGUUUUCUUUCUUUCUUUCUUUUUUGUUUUGACUCUUUUCCCGCUUGGACUUGAUUUCCUAGACACAUGCUGCACGAAGGACAGCCAGAUUGGGGUGCAUCUGUUGUGAAUCAGUAAUUGAAAUUCCUAUUAUUUUCUGUUUUAACACACAGUAUUUUUCUACUACACACUUAUAGGAAACGUAUCUAGAACAAAUUCGUAAUCAGAAGAAAAUUACGUUUACACAAACUAGGUAAGUUGUAGUUCCCUUUUGAAGGUUUCUUAACAAUACGAGCAAUUUUGUCUGCUAAUGUGUUUUCCCGUUUAAAAAUUAAGUUCAGACAAAAACGAAAAAGAAAUUCUGCACAUUUCGUGUGUUUGAGGAUGAGAAAAAACGAGCAUUAAUUAUUAAUCAAUUUAUUUUUGCUGUUUAUAUUUUUGGGAUGAUUUAUUUCAGAUUCAUUUUAUAUUUUGAUUAAUAACCUUAUUUAAACUUUUAGUUUAUUUUUAACAAUAAUAGAUUACUUAUGUCCCCAGAAGCUUACAACUUUUGAACUGUAAUCCUGAAUAAAA